GUUCUAGGAGACUUGAGCUGGCCUAGCCGUUUGGGGAGUCAAAUUGACAGCAAUUUUUAUCAAGUGGACGGUCCAUCUUACUCUAUCCUUACGCUUCAUUCUUAUUCUUCAGAACACAAAAUCCCACGUUCUUUAACAGCAGAAUGCGAACGAAAACGUGAUUUCCCUACGACUCGUCUUUAACCUAUAUUUCCCUCCGACCCAAGAUGCAUAAGAAGGCUACACUGGCUCUCGCCAGUGCGAUCUGUAUCACAGCAGCCACAGGCCUCCCAGGUCCGGUCCUGGACAGCGCGCCGAAAGCGAGCGUUCACGGCAGUGUUCACGGCAGCAUUCUAGGCACCGCCGCCGAUAUAAAUGAUCCAUCUUAUUUGUGGACCAUGUAUGGUCUGAACACAUCGGAGGAAUACAAGUACUUUCAGGAGCCGGGGAAUGACGAGAUCCACGCCCAUUAUGACUCGCGUUUCUUCAAAGAUCCGGUUCCUAAAGAGCACCGUUCGCAAGUCUUGACACAUAUCAUCCAUUCGUAUUUCGAGUUCUUUAACAGCCACAACCUAGAGACCUGGCUUGCGCAUGGGACAUUGUUGGGAUGGUGGUGGAAUGGCAGGAUCAUGCCUUGGGACUGGGAUAUCGAUACCCAAGUCUCAGAAGCUACGCUAUUCCGGCUCGCUGACGAAUUCAACGGAACGGUGGCUCAAUAUAACACCACCAACCCCGACACGCAACACUCUUAUCUUCUAGAUGUCAAUCCCUGGGCGCGGCAACGUGAUCGCGGCAAAGGGCUGAACAUCAUCGACGCUCGGUGGAUUGACAUGCAGACAGGUCUCUACAUCGACAUCACGGGGCUCAGUAAACUCAACGAAGAAAAGCCGAACGAGUGGGGGUGCAAGAAUAACCACAAUUACAUGCUUAGCGACAUAUACCCGCUUCGUGCAUCCUUCUUCGAAGGCGUAGCAGCCAAGGUUCCUUACCGCUACGAGUCAGUCCUGAUAGAUGAGUACGGUGAGAAAGCUUUGUCAGAGACGCAUUAUAACGAUUAUACUUGGGUCUCCAAACAGGAGGAAUGGGUUUCCGACGAAAUUAUCGCUGCCGAAGAGAAAAAGAAAGCGAAAGAAGGUGACAAGGACGGUCGUCAAUACGAGUAG